CUGUCCCAGGUCUUUGCAUUCACAUGCUCAACGAACAUCACAACCCGAUCCCGACAGUUAUUGAACGACUUAUUAAGACACCACGUCGAAUUCUGACGAAAACACAAGCACCAUGGUGUCUGCAAUUGGUCCACAACUCCCACCACACCUGCAGAAGCGCAAGCGCACUCCCGAAGAUGAGACAGAGCUCGGUUCGCCUCCGCCCAAGACAACGCGCCGAGAGAAUGACGAUGAGAUCGCCUUGGGCGAUGAUUCCGACGACGGUUUUGGGCCAGCCGCUCCGGCUCCGAUGAGAAAGACUGCGAAAGAAAUGAUGCCACCAUCAAUCGGACCCUCACUACCUCCGGGGGUCGCAAGCAGCGCAGCUGCAUCGGCAAGCAAGAAACGAUCAAUUGGCCCUUCCCUCCCGCCGACAGCAGCGUCAGGCAACGGUGACGAAAUUCCUCUCGACUCUGACGACCACAUGACCGGCCCAGCCCUGCCUCCUAAACGCGUGCUCGGGCCAGCACCACCACCCGCACCCCUCUCCGAACGGCCCCCGACCGGUCCCGACACCAAUUCCUCGGAAGACGAUGACGACGACGACGACGACGGCUGGGGUCCCGCGCUCCCAGGCGCAUCCAGCAACACCAAAACCACCUCCUCAACAACCCUCGGACCCUCCCACCCCUCCGCCUCCCAGCCCGAGCCGGCGGCACCCAAGCGCGACGACUGGAUGCUCGCGCCGCCCAGCAGCAGCAGCGGCCCGCGCAAGCCGGACCCGACCAAGCUCAAGUCGCGCAAGUUCGCGAGCGGGCCGCGGGCGGCCGCGACCGACGGCAAGCCGGCCGGCGUCAGCUCCAUCUGGACCGAGACGCCCGAGGAGAAGGCCCGACGGCUGGCCAACUCCGUGCUCGGGCGCGAGGACGCGCACAACACGCCCGCGGAGAUCCGGUCGCGACCGGAGGCCGGCAGCGGUGGCAGCGGUGGUGGUGGGCGUGACGGCAGCGGCGGCGGCGGCAGCCGCGCGGACGAGGCGCGCAUCAAGUCCUACAUCGAGCAGACGCGGGGCAAGAGCCUGGUGGCGGAGCACCAGGCGGCGCGGGCGGCGGGCAAGGCAUCGUCCGCAACGCUGGUCAAGUCGGGGGAUCAUGCCAAGUGGGGGGCUAAGGGCGGUGGUGAGGGUGAGGGUGCGGACGACGACGAUGACCCGAGCAAGCGGGCGUUUAACUGGGAGAAGGACAUGAAAGUGGGCGGGCAGAUCAGCGGUUCGCAGCGGAAGGAGCUGUUGAAUAGGGCGGCGAAUUUUGGGGGGAGGUUUCAGAGCGGGAAGUAUUUGUGAGCCUGAGAGGAGGACGGUUGAUAGAGGGCAUCUGCGUGGGCGUUUAGGGGCAAUAUCAUGACGGAAAGGGGAUAAGAUAAUAACAAAUCCAAGAGAUGUUCACGCCUGGCCGAACUUGGCGCAUGGGAUAGAGUAGGCACUGAAUAGCAUAGGCACAGGAUAGAACAAGGCUCAGAAAGUGCAACGAUAU